AUGGCUGCGCUUAGGAGCAGAGUGGCUCCGGUCUGCUUAACAACAUGCUUUCUCCGACACACAAGUAUAGCAAGUAGCAGCACUUACCCAAUUAUACUGACACGGAACAAGUGUUUUCUUCAGAAGUCACAGUUUCACACGGUUCCAGGGAUCCGAGGUCCCACUGUGAAAGCUGUGCUGGGAUGUCCCAACCACGGACAGUUCUUGUUGGUCAGUGCCGUGGCGAUCAGGCACAACAGCUCACAGGUAACUCAGACCACUGAAAUAGUUCAGACUGUACCUACCCCUAGUCCGGUGGCAGAUGCCCCUGUCUCUCCUCCCAGCCCCACUGUUGAUCCCACCCCAGUAAUCACACAGCCAAUCACAGAGCAGGUAGCCGAGGCUCCCGUUACAGUAGCGGAAGUUCUUCAAGAGGCAGGGGCUGAAGUCAGCCUACUGGAAUUGGGUUUGGGCGGCUACACGCCUGUAGGAUUGAUCCAGAACCUUCUGGAGUUCAUGCACGUUACUGUGGGGAUGCCGUGGUGGGGAGCUAUAGUUGCAGGCACCAUUUUGGCUCGUUGUGCCGUGUUUCCUGUCAUCGUGAAGGGUCAAAGGGAGGCAGCCAAGCUAAAUAACGUUCUACCAGAGAUGACCAAACUCACCAACCGCAUGAACGAAGCUAAGCAGAGCGGGAAUAAGUUUGAGUUCUCGAAGGCUUACUCUGAUUUGAUGCUGUUCCAGAAGAAACAUGAUGUGAACCCUAUGCGUGGUUUUCUGGUGCCCUUGGUACAGACACCAGUCUUUAUCUCGUUCUUCAUUGCCUUGCGUAAGAUGGCAUAUCUCCCAGUGCCAAGCCUGCAAACCGGGGGCCUCUGGUGGUUCACAGACCUAACCGCAGCUGAUCCCUACUACGUCCUUCCGCUGUUUGUGACAGGAACUAUGUUUGCCAUACUUGAGUUAGGGGCGGAGUCUGGUGUGGAUAAUCCGAACCUGAGGGCGAUGAAGACAGUGUUUCGAAUCAUGCCUUUUGUCAUCCUUCCUCUCACCAUCAGUUUCCCAACGGCGGUGUUUACGUAUUGGAUGACCUCAAACCUGUUCUCACUGGGUCAGGUGGCAGUGUUGAGACUCCCAGCAGUGAGACAGAGAUUGCGGAUCCCAGACAGGAUAUCACACCCCGCUUCAGCGUUGCCCCCGUCCGAAGGCUUCAUCACCAGCAUCAAGAAGGGCUGGAAAAAUGCUCAGCUGGCCCAGCAGCUGGAGGAGCGAGAGAGAAGAAUAAAAGGCCACCUGGACAUGGCAGCCAAAGGCCCUCUGAGACAGACAUUUACCCACAAUCCUCUGCAGCAGACAUCAGCCAAUCCCAAGGCAGCGUCCCAGCCCGCAGGCAGUAAGAAGAGGCCUUGGGAAGACACCAUUGGUUAAACACUAGACCAUAGCUUGUUUUACAGAUCAGAUCUACUUUGUAUAUAUUUAUUGAGAGACAGGCAGUGGGGCUGAGAAAUAAACGAGGGGUUUGGAUUGGGA